AUGAUGAAGAAGAUGUUGGACACUCCUCCUCUCAUCUCCCUCGCCUGUCUCCUCCUCCUCCUCCUCCUCUCUUGCGCCGCUGCCCAAAGCCCGAUAUUCGACAUGAAAGGCGAUGAGCUGGAAACCGGCGUCCAGUACCGCAUCAGGUCGGCCACCUGGGGUAUCCGCGAAGGGGACCUCACCGCGGACAACCUGGACACCUGCCCUCUCAACGUUGUCCUGGCCAACUCCGGGCCAGGCCUCCCUGUGACCUUCCACCUGCCCGACGCAUCGAAAGAGGCUUCGCGUCCCGUCCUCACCUCCACCAACCUCAACAUCCAGUUCGUGACGGCCUCCGCCGGCUCGUCGUGCAACGACGGCGGCGUCUGGGCUGCCCGAAUCGACCCCAUCCUCGGGGCGUUCUUGGUGAGUACGGGUGGCGAGCUAGGGGCCCUGAUCAGCACGUUCCAGAUCAAGCCGCAGGGGGCAUUCCACAAGCUGGUGUACUGUGUCGUGGGCCUGUGCAAGGACCUCACCAUCUUGGAUGGCCAGCGCCUGGGCACGACCUUCGACCCGUUGGGAUCUCACAAGCCGUUGAUAGUGAUCUUUGAGCGAGUUCAAGCUGACGACGACGCCACCAUCAAGAUUAAGAUGCCUACUGAUGAAUAA